UCGUCAACCCUUUAUCGUCAAUUCGUCUCAUCAAAUCGCGGUAGACAAUCAGUAGCAUGUGUCAAGGAGUAAAUCAUUGUUAUCAUGCAGCACUUAAAGAAGGACAUGUGUAGAGUCGACAUGUAGCACUAUAAGCAAGACAUGUGUGGUGUUGAUUAAUGGAUUAAGGUUGCACGAGUUGGAAGAAGUACAUGUUGCGUUAAGCACGACGGGGACACAUCCAGUGGAUAAGCAAGCCUCGCAAAGGGGAUCAGGGAAAACUAACAAGCCAUCUACAACGCCAUGCAUACCUCGAUAUCUAGUCAAAUCUAAUUGGUUUCACCGUUGUGUUGGAGACUACAUGAGACUUUGACAGAUUGCGGGAAACCCUUCUCAACUGGUAGAGAAAUGUCUGGGACUUAGCCGAGGGCAACUGGAGAAGGGUUGUUGAUGGCAAAACAGGUUGGAGACUACAUGAGACUUUGACAGAUGGCAGGAAACCCUUCUCAACUGGUACGAAUCCGGUUACACGAGUUUGAAGAAGUACAGGUUGCGUUUUGCAAGAUGUGGACACUUUCAGUGGAUAUGGAAGCCGCGCCAAGAGAAUAAAGGAUGCAGAACAAGGAAAGCGAUUUUGGUGUCAGAAGAGCGUCGAACAAAAAGCGUUAUCAAAACCUUCAAUCAAUCAUGCAGAUUCCAGAGAAUUUCACAGAAUUGUCUAUUCGGAUGUUUGACGCACUUGACGACAGUGGAGCUGGGAAGGAAACUGUAUUGGAGCGGAGGAGAACUUACUUGCGGAGGGAGCACAUUGAGAAAAUAGCACUUCAACUACAAGGAAGGAACUAUGAGUGUUUUCAUUUCGGGAGCCAGUCGGAAGGGACCACAACUCCCGGUCUCCAGUCUGAUAUUGAUUUUCUAGUAAGUAGCAACAGAAUCAAUAUCAUGACCAUCUGGGAAGACUGGAAGGCUGGUUUUCAGAACCUUCUGAUGCUCCACGACAACACCACUCCACCUCAACAGUACUUGCUACAAGUCAUCGGAGUCUACACACCGGAACCAGUGACCAGUCUGACCGUUGACAGGUUGGUAAGGAAAGAUUCUGGGCAAAUACUGUUAAGCGCUGAAAGAUGGAAAAAUAACAUCGCGUAUGAGACUAGAGAUGAAGGGGAGGCAACUACAAAUGGGCCUUCUGUGAGUUGGGUGCCUAACUGGGAUAUUGUAUAUGCAUUUCAUGUACGCAAACCUCUUCCUGAAAUACAGCACUGGAUAGACAGAUGUAGAGGUAAACACUGGCCACCUGUUCAGCUUCUCGAGGCUGCACGGAUAGCUCCGUGUUUCCUGGUACCAGCAGGACAUCCAGACAGCGAUUACAAGCGUGAAGAAUGGCGACUGUCUCCAAACCUGAUAGAACGAAUGUUGAUGUUUAGCUUCAAUAUGACUCAAAUAAAAUGUUACAUUGUUUUAAAACUAAUCAAAAAAUCAUUAUUUGCUAACAUUGUGGGGGAUGCUUUUACAAGCUUUCAUUGUAAAACUAUAAUGUUUUUCACAAUAGAAAGAACACAUCCUUCUCUGUGGUGCGAACACAACCUUAUGUUUGUACUUUUGCUCUGUUUACAUGUAUUAAGGCGAUGGCUGCGAUUGGGAAGGCUACCACAUUAUAUCAUAGAAGGUGUGAACUUGUUCGAUGAAAAACUCUCAAAGUUGCUGCAGAAACGCUUUUUAGUGUAUAUAGACUCGUUGAUAAGGAAUAACUUACAAGAUGUAUUUUGUAUUGGUAUAGAUAAUAUAGGAUGUCGGUUACAAGCGUGUAGUAUGCGGCAUACUGUACAGGCUGGAGAACUAAGAGGUGUAUUUUUACAUAACAGCAUCAGAUUACUGCUGAAGUUUGAGUGCUUGGACAGAUUGAACAUAGCGUUAACAGUUAUCAAACAUGUACAGAGCAGUUCUCAUUCAACCUUCGAGCAUGAAUUAAAAUAUUUAACACGCAAUUGUUUUGAAAACUCAACGAAUGCCAUGUCAAAAAAUGCUGCUCUUGAAUUGAUUAAACACUUUUAUGCGUUUCAAAUUUCAGUUCAAUCAUCUUACUAUUUGCGACUACAAAACGUUCUUGACAGCGAAAAUAUUAGGCGUGUCCAAUAUUCCUUAAAUUCGGAUGUAGCUUCUAGUCGCUUAAAGUUUGCUUCUAUGCUAUACUGCAGUGGUCAUCUUCAGGCGGCAGUUCGAGUGCUGGAGGAUGUAGAGAGGAGGUAUCACAGCAAGGUCAAGGCUGUGUGUGCAUUUAUAGGUAUAGAGGGAGAAAGGGAUCUGAAGGUGUUUGCUAAUAUGUUAGCAGGUAACAAAGAAGAGGGAAUUAGUGAACCACCAUUCGUAUCCUGUGUCAGAUUUGUAAGGCAAGAAUCGUAUUGCACUCCUGCCAUAUUAUUGUUUGAAAUGAAUCGCAAUAAAACCGAAGAGGAAGUGGCACAAAGAAAUUACGUUGACAAACUAUGGAUGGACAGUGCUGAGGUGGAUGCCCGUCCAUUCCUACACUAUCUGCAGUAUCUCACGUAUGGAGGACUUGGUGAAAGUGAUAAUCAGCUACAGGCAUUAAGAGCCUUGGAGUCUUGUAUGUAUGAUAUAAGAAAUAAACUCAACCUGUAUCACAAAGAGACAGCACUCAACUUGCUGGGGCAUUGUUACGAAAUGGAAGGAGACUAUGCAGGAGCGUUACAUUACUACGAGUGGUCGUUGCGUUGUCAUCGUACAAACAACGCCGCUAACUGGCACAUCCUGCGUAUUAUGCGUCUCAUAAGUGGUUAAAAGAACAAUAUAACAAUGUAACGACAUUAACCAAAUAACUAUAAACCUAUGUUAAAUAUAAGAUAUUUGUGACCAGUUAGUUAGUCUCGAUUAUGUAAUUUAAUGAUAUGUACAUGUAUUAUAAACUGUAAGAAGAGGCAAUGUAUUUGUAUGUUUCAAAAUAUUAACAUGGCUACAUUGUACACUCUGAAUUGGUGUGUUGAAUACUCCCUUAUUUCUGUCAAAUACGCAUGGUGAUGUGUACAUUGGUAUAUGCACGUGCUCUUAUAAUUUUUGUUAUCAAUCUUUUGGACGCACUUUAGAAUCAGAUGUUAUAAUCAACCACUACGACUAUACAUAUAAUUCAUAUAUUUACCUCCACGAGGAAACUAAACGUGUGUCCAGCAAGGUCAAUAAGCCAUUUUACGGUUCAAAUUGUAAUUAAAUCGUUUUACAAAUGAAUAAAAAAUCAAAAUGUACGCUACAUACAAUGUCCUCAAUUGCGCAGGAAUUGGAUGGAGAAUAUAAAAAUUGAUACAUAAAUGUGUUACUGCAUUGAAUAAUGAACAUAUAUGAAUAGAGCUUGUUUGCUAUGAAUACAUUUGUAAAUUUUAAA